AAGCCUAUAAAAUCGCAGUGCAGUUUGUAACAUAACACCAGACACAUAACCACUAAUUUUUUUUUCGAUCAAUUAUUCAAUUACCACCAUGACUGAAGAAGUGCAGAAAAUAUCUGAAGCGAUUGUCGACCAAGAGAAAGAAAAAUCGGUCCCCAAAUUUCAGUUCCAUUCCAUACCUGAAUCCAAGACUGCUCCAUUUACCGACAAUUUCAUCCUCUCUGAAGGUUUCGGAGUGAACCGGGUGGAUUCGUCCUCACUCCGGAAUUCGGUCGAAACUACGACGAAUUUCUUGAUUUCCAGAUAAGAAAAGACGAUGCCUGGGUGGUUACCUUCCCAAAAUGUGGAACCACUUGGACUCAGGAAAUGGUUUGGAUGUUGAUCAACGAUUGCGACGCCGAACUGGCGAAACAAUCGCCGCUGACCGUUCGAGCUCCGUUUCUCGAAGUGUCUCGCGUCGAAAGUAUGGAGUCCUCUCCGCCGGAGAUGUCUGAAUUUAUGCCUCCUGUAAGCGCUAUUGAUCAAAUGACUUCGCCGAGAGUCAUCAAGAGUCACCUUCCAUUCUUUUUACUUCCGCCCAAAUUGCUCGACACAUGCAAGGUGGUGUACGUAGCUCGGAAUCCUAAAGACGUCAUUGUUUCGUUCUACCACCAUCACAAGCUCAUGAAGAUGCAAGGUUGUGACGGAAACCUUGAAAAUUUCGCCGACUAUUUCAUGAAGGAUCAAGUAAUAUUCUGCCCGUAUUUUCCGCACAUUUUGGACGCUUGGACUAAGCGCAGUCACCCCAACAUGCUUUUCAUAUUUUAUGAAGACAUGAAAAAGGAUCUGCGCGGUGAAGUCGAAAAGGUGGCUACAUUUCUGGGGAAACCACUAACCGAGGAGAAAAUGAUUAAACUUUUGGAGCAUCUGAAAUUCGACAACAUUUCCAAAAAUGAAUCAGUCAACUUUGAAAUCGGAAAGAAAAUCGGAUUCAUGAACCAAGACGGAGCCUUCAUUCGGAAAGGUAAAACAGGUGAUUGGAAAAAUCACUUUAGCCCCGAAUUAAACCGUCGCAUCGAUGCCUGGGUUGAAGCGAACUUGGCUGAGACUGAUUUAUGAUUCGAAAUGGAGCUAGAAAAGCAAGAUUAAAAAAUUCGUUUCUAUUUUGUUUUUCACUUCUACGAAAUACACUAAAGUCUG